CCACGGAGGACAUCAUGGCGAGCGCUGCCCCUUCCUCGACCCACGCGCCGUACCUUAAGGUGUCCAAUGCACCCCCUGUUUACCAGAGCAAAGACGAGCUUCAAGCGUACUUUGGCAAGUUUGGGGGGUGCUUCGUCGCCGAAACGCUGAUUGAGGCACACCACCAGCUCAUCGAAGAAUAUGUGAAAGCCACCCAAGAUCCAUCGUUUCGCCUUGAAUUGGAGCAACUCGGUCGCGACUACAUUGGCCGCCCAACCCCGUUGUACUUUGCACGACGAUUGACGGAGCAUGCAGGUGGUGCCGAUAUCUACCUCAAACGUGAAGACCUCGCCCACACUGGUGCGCACAAAAUCAACAACGCUCUCGGUCAAGCUGUCCUUGCCAAGCGUCUCGGCAAAAACCGUAUCAUUGCCGAAACUGGCGCGGGACAACACGGUGUUGCUACUGCAACUGCAUGUGCCUUGAUGGGCAUGGACUGCACAGUCUACAUGGGAUACGAAGACACACAGCGCCAAUCUCUCAACGUCUUUCGUAUGAAGAUGCUCGGCGCGAAGGUCGUGGCCGUGAAAUCUGGAUCGCAAACGCUCAAGGAUGCCGUGAACGAAGCCCUGCGAGACUGGGUAACCAACGUCGACACCACGCAUUACAUCAUUGGGUCGGCAAUCGGACCCCACCCGUUUCCGACCAUUGUGCGGGACUUCCAGGCCAUCAUUGGCAAUGAAAUCAAGGCGCAGCUUGAGGAAGAAAUCGGCCGUCUCCCCGAUGCCAUUGUUGCGUGCGUUGGCGGCGGGAGUAACGCGAUCGGGAUGUUCCAUCCGUUCAUCAAGGACAACUCGGUCGACAUCUUCGGUGUGGAAGCCGGCGGCGAUGGUGUCGAGACUGGUCGGCAUUCGUCGACCCUGGUCGGUGGCCGCAUCGGCGUUUUGCAUGGAACGAAGACUUACGUGAUGCAAGACGCUGCCGGCCAAGUGAUUGAAACGCACAGUGUGUCUGCAGGUCUCGACUAUGCCGGGGUCGGUCCCGAGCACGCAUUCUUGAAGGAUUCUGGUCGUGCCAAGUACGUAAGCGUGACGGACGCGCAGGCGCUGGAAGGGUUCAAGCUCCUGUGCCGCGUUGAAGGCAUCAUUCCUGCACUUGAGUCGUCGCACGCGAUCCACUUUGGCGUGGAGCUGGCCAAGGAACUUGGCCCGGGGAAAACCAUCGUGAUCAACGUGAGCGGUCGUGGCGACAAGGACAUGAUCCAGGUCGCAAAGGUCCUCGGCGUCAACCUGGACGAAGACUUGACCGAUUCGACCCCUUAAGUUCUCAAACACGACGUCGUGUUGACGGGUGGAGUCGUCUGCAUGCGCGUGGAUUCAAAUAACGUCCGUGUGUGGACGAUCCAUGCGUUGACGCGCUGAACGGCGCCACUCUCGCUUGAUUCCCCGCAGGUCAUGGAAGGCUCCAAAGCAAGAGUUGCGAACUUGGAGUGGUGCCACUGGCACACUACACCGGCAUGUACUGAAUGAGUUGACGUCCUCGACAGUGGCGGCGCGAGGAAGAAGGAGGGGGGUCUCGAGGCCGACAAGGGAGUCGUCGAAUGGUAUCGCAA